AAGCUGUUGAUCUCAUGAAAUAAAGUUUUGGACAUUUUUCACAAUUUCUGAAAAUUACAAUUUAUUAAUAUGAACAAAGUUUCUUAAAAAGUAUUUCAAAAUAAUAAUAAAUGGUUCUCGCAACCUCUGCCGUGUUUUUGGUCCAACUUUUGUGCGUUCUAGUGCCAUGCAAUCCUCGCUAUCCAAUUCCAGACUUGUCACAAGAUGAGGACAAAGUGAAUGAUCGUUUCGCUGGCAUUGCGGGGUCAAAUUUUCUAAAGAGGUUGUGGCAUAGUCAUUCCGACGAAGGUCACCAUGCCCUUCCACCUCUGGUUAAAACUGAGGGGGGAGUGGUGGAGGGCUACGUUAUGAAAGUGGUGGGUGGUCGAGAGGUGUAUGCAUUUGAGGGGUUGCCAUAUGGAGAACCUCCCACGGGAAAUUUGCGCUUUAGGUCCCCAGUGCCAAAAAGUCCUUGGAAUGGGAUCCUCAAAGCUGUUUCCCCUGGGCGACCAUGUCUUCAAUAUAACGUUCCGAAAGGUUUCCGCGUUCUCGGAGGGGAGGAUUGUCUGUUCCUGAACGUCUACUCCCCGCAGAUGCCUUCUCCAGUUGGCCUCGAUGCUAAAAAAUUACCAGUUAUUGUAUUUCUUCACGGUGGUUUCCUGAGUUCAGGAGAUGCAGCAAGUCCAGGCAACUGGGGUCUCAAGGAUCAAGCUCUAGCGUUGGAAUGGAUUUCCAAAAACAUUGAAUCUUUUGGUGGGGACAAACAUCGUAUCACAAUUAUGGGACAAUCUGCAGGAAGCGCACUCGUUCACUUUCACCUGUUAUCUCGACGCUCUCGACCCUUCUUCCACGCCGCGAUAUCAAUGAGUGGGACCGCCUUCAAUUAUUGGGCCCUUCACAGCACGCAUCAGGCGAGGAAUUAUAGCCAAACUUUGGCAAAAUUAGUGGGGUGCCCCUCAUUUGAUUCGGAAGAAAUGGUGGAAUGCUUGCGAUACACGAAUUCAGCCUUGUUGGUGACACAGACCCAGUUCUUCUUGGACGAUUGGCCUUAUCCAUCCAACGCGUGGCGACCCUGUAUUGAACCCUUGGAAGGAAAUUUGGACCCGUUCCUGACAGAAAGUCCACUUGCCCUGUAUUCCAGAGGAGAUGUGGCGAAAGUUCCCUGGAUUGUGACAAUAGUUUCGGGAGAAGGAUACCAAUUUUUGUUAUAUCCGUAUAUAACUUUCCAGAUGAAAACUUUAAGAAAAAACUGGGAAAGACUUGCUCACGAUUUGGCUGACGUCGACACGUUUCAAGAUUCUCUGGACUUGAAAAAGAUCACGAAAAAGUUGACACGAUUUUAUUUUAGAAAUGUACCCCCGGAAAAGUCUCCCGUGCAUAAUUUUGCUAAUAUUAUCACGGACAGAUUCUUUCUUAGUGGAAUUUAUAAAUCGAUCCAAGCUCAUGUACAAAUUGCUCCGACUUAUUCGUACAUUUUUGAUGUGAAUGGGCAGUACAAUAUUAUUGAAAAUUUUGGAUAUUCGAGAAAUGAAUGGGGUGUGGGCCACGCUGAGGAUUUGUUCUACGUGUUUAAUAGCUCGUUGACAUAUCACGGAUUUAAUAGAGAGGGUAAUUUUAUUUUAUAUAUGCACCAAAAUUUGUAACUUUGAUACGUAUUCAUAAAUAUAUAUUUUAGACCCUGAAUUUCAAGUUAGUCAAUUUUUGGUCAACGUG